AUGAACGGCGGCAGCAGCAGCAGCAGCGGCAGGGCGGCAACGGCACGACGGCAGCGGCAGCAACGACGCAGCGGCAGGCAGCAGCACAGCAAACGACAGCGGCAGCAGCAGCAGCAGCAGCAGACGACGGCAGCGGGCGGCAACGACGCAACGACGGCAGCAGCAGCAGCAGGCAGCGGCAGCAGCAGCGGCGGCAACAACGACGAGCAACAGCAACAACGACGGCAGCAGCAGCAACAGCAGCGGCAGUACGACGGCAGCGGCAACGACAACGACGGCAGCAGCGACGGCGACGGCAGCAGCAGCAGUGGCAACGACGACGGCAGCGGCAACAGACGCAACGACGGCAGCGGCAGCAGCGAGCAGCAGCAGCGGGCGCAACGACGACGGCAGCAGCAGCAACGACGCACGACGGCAGCAGGCAACGACGCAACGACGGCAGCAGCAGACGGGCGGCAACGAAAUGGCAGCAGUCAAGCAACAACGACGGCAGCAGCAGCAGCAAUUAGCAGGCGAUUUGACGGCGACGGCGGCAGCAGCAGCAGCGGCAACGACGACGGCAACGGCAACGACAAUAACGCAACGACAGGCGGCAGCAGCAGGCGGCAGUGGCACGACGGCAACAGCAACGACGACAACGACGGCAGCGAGCAGCAAGCAGCAGCAGCAGCAGCGGCAAACGACAACGACAGCAACAACAACGAUGCGACAACGGCGGCAGCACAGCAGCAGCAGCAGCGCAGCGACGACGACGGCAGUGGCAGACAACGAUGCACCGACGGCAGCAGCAGCAGCAGCAGCGACAACGAACUUAGUGACAACCGACGCAACGACGGCGGCAGCAGCAGCAGCAGCGGCAGGGUGGCAACGGCAACGACAAUGAACCACGACGGCAGCAGCAGCAGCAGCAGCGACGGGCAGCAGCAUGGCAACAAACAGCCCAGCGACGGCAGCGGCAAUGACGAUUUCAGCAGCAGAAAAUCGGCAACGCAACGACGGCAGCCCAGCAGGCAGCAGCAGCAGCAGUGGCCACGGGCGACGGCAGCGGCAACAGCCCAGGUAACGACGGCAGCAGUAGCAGUAGCAGCAGCAGUGGCAAUCGAUUAA